GAUAAUAACAGUCGUAACAAGGAAUGUUUAAAAAGCCUCACCUCGUGUGAUCAAAUGUAGAUACGGCCUGACAUUGAUAUAGGUUUACACCAGGAAUCUUAUCGUCAGUUCUACAGGAACGUGUCUAUAAUGUCGCUGGUAACAUUGACAGUAUUGGUGGCAUUCUUCCAUAUCUCGGUCGGGUCCGACACACCAUGUUUGAAUCACGGAGGAACUUGUCAAGAUGAUAGUUCUUCCUGUUCCGGUAACUACGUCAGCAACUUGUGUUCCGGAUCUGCUUCCAGAAGAUGUUGUGAACCGUCAUCAGAUCCGUGUACUACAAUAGGAGGGACAUGUCAGGAUGACCAUUUGUACUGUGCCGGAUCCUACGUCACAGGGAAGUGCAGUGGAGGCACUACCAAUCGUUGCUGCACCUCGCAUAACAACGGAGGAUCCGACCAGUCGAUUUGCGAUAACAUACAAGUGAUCAGUCGGGACGCUUGGGGUGCGAGGAGGCCGACUCACGAAACUUCAUUGAAUCAUCGCGUGCACUUGUUCUUUAUACACCAUACGGACGGUCACACAUGUGAUAGUGAGACUGAAUGUGCUGGAGUACUCAAGGGUGUUCAAAACUACCACAUGAACUCAAGAGGUUAUAAUGACAUCGGCUACAGCUUCCUGAUUGGUCAAGAUGGACGUGUUUAUGAGGGCAGAGGUUGGGGUGUCGUUGGUGCCCACACUCUACAUUACAACUCCCUUGCUUACGCAGUUUCCUUUAUGGGGAACUUCAUGGAUACUCUACCAUCAGCAAAUUCUCUCCACGCCGCUAAAGCGCUGGUACAAUGUGGGGUCAAUAAAGGUUAUAUUGAAGCUAACUACAGUCUGUUUGGUCACCGUGACGUAGGAAAUACGGACUGCCCCGGGAACUCUCUGUAUGCUGAGAUUAGGACCUGGGAUAGAUACAACUACACUCACUCGGCGACCAUACAAUGAUCUCAUGAUUUAUUCUUGACCUGUAUGACGGAAGGAAAUAAAAUGUAAAAGAAUAAA